AGAGAUGCGGGGUCUGCCGAGAGGGAGGGGGCUGAUGCGGGCCCGGGGGCGGGGGCGUGCGGCCCCCACGGGCGGCCGCGGCCGCGGUCGGGGGGGCGCCCACCGAGGGCGAGGUAGGCCCCGAAGCCUGCUCUCGCUGCCCCGGGCGCAGGCGUCUUGGGCCCCCCAGCUGCCCGCCGGGCUGACCGGCCCCCCGGUUCCUUGUCUCCCCUCCCAGGGGGAGGCCCCCGCCGAGAUGGGGGCGCUGCUGCUGGAGAAGGAGCCCCGAGGAGCCGCCGAGAGAGUCCAUGGCUCUUUGGGGGACACCCCUCAGAGUGAGGAGACCCUUCCCAAGGCCAACCCCGACUCCCUGGAGCCUGCCGGCCCCUCCUCUCCGGCCUCUGUCACUGUCACCGUCGGCGACGAGGGGGCUGACACCCCUGUCGGGGCCACACCGCUCAUCGGGGACGAACCCGAGAGCCUGGAGGGAGAUGGGGGUCGCAUCGUGCUGGGCCAUGCCACAAAGUCGUUCCCCUCUUCCCCCAGCAAGGGGGGUGCCUGUCCCAGUCGGGCCAAAAUGUCAAUGACAGGGGCAGGAAAGUCGCCCCCCUCGGUCCAGAGUUUGGCCAUGAGGCUGUUGAGCAUGCCCGGGGCCCAGGGAGCUGCAACUGCUGGGCCUGAACCCCCUCCGGCAACAACUGCCGGCCAGGAGGGGCAGCCCAAAGUGCACCGAGCCCGGAAAACCAUGUCCAAACCUAGCAACGGACAGCCUCCAGUCCCUGAGAAGCGGCCCCCUGAAGUCCAGCAUUUCCGCAUGAGUGAUGACAUGCAUCUGGGGAAGGUGACUUCAGAUGUGGCCAAAAGGAGGAAGCUGAACGCUGGCAGUCUGUCCGAGGACUUGGGCUCUGCUGGGGGCUCAGGAGAUGUAAUCCUGGAGAAGGGAGAGCCCAGGCCCCUGGAGGAGUGGGAGACGGUGGUGGGCGAUGACUUCAGCCUGUACUAUGACGCGUACUCUGUGGAUGAGCGGGUGGACUCUGACAGCAAGUCUGAAGUCGAAGCUCUAGCGGAACAGUUGAGUGAAGAGGAGGAGGAGGAAGAGGAGGAAGAAGAAGAAGAGGAGGAGGAGGAGGAAGAAGAGGAGGAAGAAGAGGAGGACGAGGAGUCAGGCAAUCAGUCAGACAGGAGCGGCUCUAGCGGCCGACGCAAGGCCAAGAAGAAAUGGCGGAAAGACAGCCCGUGGGUGAAGCCAUCUAGAAAACGGCGGAAACGAGAGCCUCCGAGGGCCAAAGAGCCUAGAGGAGUGAAUGGUGUGGGUUCCUCGGGGCCCAGUGAGUACAUGGAGGUUCCUCUGGGGUCCCUGGAGCUGCCCAGCGAGGGGACCCUCUCCCCCAACCACGCUGGGGUCUCCAAUGACACGUCGUCGCUGGAGACGGAGCGUGGGUUUGAGGAGCUGCCCCUCUGCAGCUGCCGCAUGGAGGCUCCCAAGAUUGACCGCAUCAGCGAGAGAGCAGGGCACAAGUGCAUGGCCACAGAGAGUGUGGACGGAGAGCUGCUGGGCUGCAAUGCUGCCAUCCUUAAGCGGGAGACCAUGCGGCCGUCUAGCCGUGUGGCGCUGAUGGUGCUGUGUGAGGCCCAUCGAGCCCGCAUGGUCAAGCACCAUUGCUGCCCGGGCUGCGGCUACUUCUGCACAGCGGGCACCUUCCUGGAAUGCCACCCCGACUUCCGUGUAGCUCACCGCUUCCAUAAGGCCUGCGUAUCCCAGCUCAAUGGGAUGGUCUUCUGUCCCCACUGUGGAGAGGAUGCUUCAGAGGCCCAGGAGGUGACCAUUCCUCGGGGCGAUGGGGGAACACCCCCAGUUGGCACCGCAGCUCCUGCUCCGCCACCCCUGGCACACGAUGCCCCAGGGCGAGCGGAUACUUCCCAGCCCAGUGCCCGGAUGCGAGGUCAUGGAGAGCCGCGGCGCCCGCCCUGUGAUCCCCUGGCUGACACUAUUGACAGCUCAGGGCCUUCGCUGACUCUGCCUAAUGGGGGCUGCCUCUCAGCUGUGGGUCUGCCCCCAGGGCCGGGCAGAGAAGCCCUGGAAAAAGCCUUGGUCAUCCAGGAGUCUGAGAGGCGGAAGAAGCUGCGAUUCCACCCACGGCAGCUCUACCUGUCAGUGAAGCAGGGGGAACUGCAGAAGGUGAUCCUUAUGCUAUUAGACAACCUGGACCCCAACUUCCAGAGCGACCAGCAGAGCAAGCGCACGCCCCUGCACGCGGCCGCCCAGAAGGGGUCAGUAGAAAUCUGUCAUGUGCUGCUGCAGGCAGGAGCCAACAUCAAUGCCGUAGAUAAGCAACAACGCACACCACUGAUGGAGGCCGUGGUGAACAACCACCUGGAGGUGGCACGCUACAUGGUGCAGUUAGGUGGCUGUGUCUACAGCAAGGAAGAGGAUGGCUCCACCUGUCUACAUCAUGCAGCCAAAAUUGGGAACUUGGAAAUGGUCAGCCUGCUCCUGAGCACAGGGCGGGUGGACGUUAAUGCCCAGGACAGUGGGGGCUGGACGCCCAUCAUCUGGGCAGCUGAGCACAAGCACAUCGACGUGAUUCGUAUGCUGCUGACCCGGGGUGCCGACGUCACCCUUACUGACAAUGAGGAAAACAUCUGCCUGCACUGGGCCUCCUUCACGGGGAGUGCCGCCAUCGCUGAGGUCCUCCUGAAUGCCCAGUGUGACCUCCAUGCUGUCAACUACCAUGGGGACACCCCCCUGCACAUAGCCGCCAGGGAGAGCUACCAUGACUGUGUUCUGUUGUUCCUGUCUCGUGGAGCCAACCCUGAGCUUCGGAACAAAGAAGGGGACACGGCGUGGGAUCUGACCCCAGAGCGCUCCGAUGUGUGGUUUGCACUGCAGCUCAAUCGAAAGCUUAGGCUCGGGGUAGGGAACCGGGCUGUCCGCACCGAGAAGAUCAUCUGCCGGGAUGUAGCCCGUGGCUAUGAGAAUGUACCCAUCCCCUGCGUCAAUGGCGUGGAUGGGGAGCCGUGCCCGGAGGACUACAAGUACAUCUCUGAGAACUGCGAGACAUCCACCAUGAACAUCGACCGCAACAUCACCCACCUGCAGCACUGCACGUGUGUGGAUGACUGCUCCAGCUCCAAUUGCCUGUGUGGUCAGCUCAGUAUCCGAUGCUGGUAUGACAAGGACGGGCGGCUGCUCCAGGAGUUUAACAAGAUCGAGCCCCCCCUGAUCUUUGAGUGUAACCAGGCAUGCUCCUGCUGGAGAAGCUGCAAGAACCGCGUGGUGCAGAGCGGCAUCAAGGUGCGGCUGCAGCUCUACAGGACUGCCAAGAUGGGCUGGGGGGUCCGAGCCUUGCAGACCAUCCCCCAGGGCACGUUCAUCUGCGAGUAUGUGGGAGAGCUGAUUUCUGACGCAGAGGCUGAUGUGAGAGAGGAUGACUCUUACCUCUUCGAUUUAGAUAACAAGGAUGGUGAGGUCUACUGCAUUGAUGCCCGUUACUAUGGCAACAUCAGCCGCUUCAUUAACCACCUGUGUGACCCCAACAUCAUCCCUGUCCGGGUCUUCAUGCUGCACCAAGACCUGCGGUUCCCACGCAUCGCCUUCUUCAGCUCCAGGGACAUCCGGACUGGGGAGGAGCUGGGCUUUGACUACGGUGACCGAUUCUGGGACAUCAAGAGCAAGUAUUUCACCUGCCAGUGUGGCUCUGAGAAGUGCAAGCAUUCAGCGGAGGCCAUCGCCCUGGAGCAGAGCCGCCUGGCCCGGCUGGACCCCCACCCGGAGCUGCUCCCUGACCUCAGCUCCCUGCCCCCCAUCAACACCUGAGGACUCUUAAAAUCCAGGCCGGGGCACUGCCCUUCAGACAUUCCUCCAUCAGAGACCCCAUUAAGGCCUGGAAGGUCGACGGCCCCUCUCCCAGAGCUGGUUUCUCACUGGGAGUUCGAGUGACUUGAGGGCUGGCCUUCCCCAUUGAACCUGGCCUCACUUAGCUGAUUGAAGUUGGGCCUCUGCCAGCUGAUUUUCUGUGUUCUCAAUAAAUGUUGGGUUUGGUAAUAAA